CUGCAGUUGAAGAGCGAGCCACACGCUCUAUUAUGUUGCGAAGGACAUAGGCAGCGAAGGUUGUACGUGAGUAUGUGUCCCAAGUGCAAAACUCUAUCAAGAUUCUGCAACUUAGUGUUGUUACAAGGAAGUAGCAUAUUUGAAUUCCGUGCACGAAAACAGAGUUUUGUCGGCAUUGAAUAGUAGCCCAUGAAAAGUUGCAC